AUCGGACUCUGUGCAAUCGUCUCCCUCAACAUGGUAUGUAUACAAGAAGCCUUGUGAUCUAUCUGUUCAAUUUACAAGCAGCGGAUGUAGUUGACCACCCAUCUAAAUCCCAUUGGUUGAUUGCCGUCCACCCAUAAAGUCCCAAGCUUUUCUUGGGUGGGCACAAUUGGUGUGUCAUGUUGCAGGCUCGUUGGUUUCACCAGAUAUUGCCUAUUCGUUUGUGAUGUCAUGUCAGUGUCCCCAGGGCAUCAUCUUCGCCUCGUCUCCUCCAUAAAUACCCUGAGGGCGUGUGGCUUCCACAAGCCUUCCUCUCCAUCUAUUUCCAAAUCCUAAUUCCCUUUUUGCUUCCUCUCUUUUUUUUCUCCUCUCAAUACUCCAUGGCAACCCUAGAACUCCAAGCUAGCAACCAACCAAUUCCCAACGAAGCCAAACUUGAUAUACCCCAAAAUGAUGGUGAGCAAGAGGGAGAUCAGGAAGUCAAAAUUAACUACUCACAAAGGGCACAGUGGCUUAGAGCUGCAGUGCUUGGAGCCAGCGAUGGUUUGGUCUCCACAGCUUCUUUAAUGAUGGGAGUAGGAGCUGUAAGGCAAGAUGUAAAAUCCAUGAUCAUUACUGGUUUUUCAGGGAUGGUCGCCGGAGCAUGUAGCAUGGCGAUCGGAGAAUUCGUGUCGGUGUACUCUCAGUAUGACAUAGAGCUUUCUGAAAUGAAGAGACAGCAUAAAGCUUCAGAUGAUGGAAGAGAAAGUCUGGAUGAGAGCGAUAAACAAGACCUCCCCAACCCAUUCAAGGCGGCUGGAGCAUCUGCUCUAGCCUUUGUUGUUGGAGCUGUGGUGCCACUGUUAUCAGCUUCUUUUAUACAGAAUUAUAAGGUUAGGUUGGGGGUGGUAAUUGCUAUGUCAAGCUUGGCUUUGAUUGUGUUUGGGAUCUUAGGUGGAUUCUUGGGGAGGGCUUCUGUGAAGAAGUCUUGUUUGAGGGUGUUGAUUGGUGGGUGGCUGGCUAUGGCUAUAACUUAUGGAUUGACCAAGUUGAUUGGCCUAGCUGGAGUAUAAGAAUGGGUUAUCCCCAGCUAGCCAGGUUCUCAUCCUCCUUCCUUCUCCAUCUUAUAUGCUAUGGGAUCAAGAAGUAUAUAGAGAGGAAGAUCUCUCUAAUCUACUUAUGCUUUUUCUUUCAAUUUGAUGUGUGUGUUUUUUUUUAUGUGAU